AUGUCAAAGGAAGAGCCCAGCGACACCCAGAAUGGUGAGGAGCAACCUGAAAAUGCAGAGGAGAAGAAGAAGAAGGAGCUGGAGAAACUGCCGCCCUUUGAAAUCGUGAGAGGGGAGCGCUUCCCAGCCUUCUUUUUCAAAUUCCAGUUCAGGAACGUAGAAUACAGCUCAGGCAGGAACAAGACCUUCCUGUGUUAUGUCGUGGAGAUCCAAGGCAAAGAGUCUGGGAGCUUUCGGGGUUAUCUGGAGGACGAGCAUGCAGCAGCCCAUGCCGAAGAUGCUUUCUUCAACAACAUGCCCACGUGCGAUCCCAGCCUGCGCUACAGCGUCACCUGGUACGUCUCCUCCAGCCCCUGUGUGCCCUGUGCUGACCGGAUAGCCCAGAUACUGCAGAAGAACAAGAACUUGCGCCUCUCCAUCCUGGAGCGCCUCUUCAUGUGGGAAGAGCCGGAGAUGCAGGCCGCCCUGAAGAAACUGAAGGCAUCUGGAUGCAAACUGAAGAUUAUGAAGCCUCAAGUUGAGUAUAUCUGGCAGAACUUUGCAGAGCAGGAAGAAGGAGAGGCAAAGGCCUUCGAGCCCUGGGAGGACAUCCAAGAGAACUUCUUGUAUUACGAAGAGAAGUUAUCAGAGGUUCUGCACUGACACCCAUGACCGUGCAGGAUUUCAGUUUGCUCAUUUAGCUUCUUGCUUUAAUGGCAGACAGACUCAUGUCAUGUCUUAAGGCAGAAAGAGAGGCUUUUAAGGGUACUGUCACUGCCAUCUGUGACUCCAGCUCCCCCUCGGUCUGACAUGAGCAUCACGAAACUUUGCCCUUGGUAGUACCUUACCCACUGCAGCUAGCAAUCCAUUAGCAUGAUCGUCCCCACUAUAGGGCAUGUAGAGGCAUACUGAGCUCUCUCCCUCGCAGGGACUUGUCAGUACCUCUCGGAAUUUCACCCCUCUGCCCCAAAUCACUUUUCCUUAGGAAACAAAGGGGAGGAUCAUUAGAUAUAGCAAGAACGUACCACUCUUUUCUAGGUGGUGAUGUUUGCACAUCUAAUGGAACUGGAAGAGGAGGAUUGGUUCUAGUCCCCUAGAAAAAUAUCAGAGAAGGGCACUAUUAUAGUAUGUCAUCCCUUCCGCCACAAAGCUUGAAGAGUGCAUAACUAAUUUUGAGCAACAAAGCCCUGAAACAUCGGGAGCUGGUAACGUGUCUCUCUCUCUCAUCU